AUGGACAUCGCACCUGUUAUCAGUAAAAAGAGAUUAUUGGCAUAUUUAGCAAAAUAUAUUUCCAAGUCAGAAGUGUCAUCAAUUUCUUUAUCUGAUUUGAUGAAAGGAAUUUUGGAUACGAUGAAUGAUGAUAGCAAAUGUGUGCGUGCCAUUCAACGUUUUUUUAUUAAAGCUUGUGUUGAACGUGACAUAUGUGCUCAGGAAGUAAGUCAUAUUUUAUUGGGAUUGAAAUUGCAUUCUAGUGGUAAGAGAGCAUUUGUUAUUGUUAAUUUCAAUAAUAAACGAUGGUGUCCACUGUUAAAUGAAAUAUCAGAUGAAAGUGAUUGUGCAAGUGGCAAAUCAUUUAUUGAAAAAUACAUAGAUCGACCUGCAUUUAUGGAAAAUGUGUCAUUAUGGGAUGCUGCUAAGAAAUAUAAUGCUUUAAAGUGGAAAUUGCUACCACAGAAUGCAGAAAAUAUAGUUCGAGUUUUUCCUGUUGUUAAUUUGAAGAAAGAUGAUGAUAAUGAUAAGUAUUUCGAACAACAAGUAUUUUUACAUGUUCCAUGGCGAAAUGAAGAUAAUUUAAGGGAUGAGAAUGAAACUUGGAGUGAUGUCUAUAAUAGACAUGGUUUGAGUAAUGUUCCUGGAAUUACUGAUUUAUUAGAAAAUGUAAUAUGUGAUAAUGGUGUUGAAGAAGAAGAGGAAGAUAUUGAUGAAUUUGUUAGUAAUUUUUAUGAAGGCGAAUUGGAAAAUGAGACCAAUGAAGAAUGGAUGGUAUGUUCCAGUAUGGGUUGUGGUAGAAUUGACAAAGUUGAAUUAGGAAAGAGGCAUGUAGAUUUAAAUUAUCCAUGGAUGGAUUCAUUUGAGUUGUACAAACAAUAUGGAACCAUAGAAGAAUUUCAGAAUUUUAUAAGAGAAGAAAAGAAAAAAUCUGAAAGUAAUGUUGAAGUAGAUGAUAGUAUGUUUGCAACUAAUUUGAAUGUCACUCUCAGUUGUGAUCAGCAGAAAGUAUUGCAAUUAGUUAUGAAGCAAAUUGAAUCCAUUGAAUGCAAUCAGAGUAGUGACAUAUGUGCUGAUACUAUUAAGACAUGUAUAGUGCAAGGCAAAGCCGGAACUGGAAAGAGUUUGGUAAUUGCAGAGAUUACCAAAGUAUUGACCCAGAAAUUUGGAAAGCAGUCUUAUGUAUUGGGUACUCCUACAGGCGUAUCUGCUCUAUUGAUAAAAGGCAAAACAGUGCACUCCAUCUUUCGCAUCCCAAGAGAAAGUAAAAACUUCAAACCAUUAAUGGGUGAACAGGCGAGGAAGUUGACCAAUGAAUUUGAAAAUGUGAAAUUUUUAAUUUUAGAUGAAUAUUCUAUGAUUGGUAGUAGAAUGAUGGGUAUGAUUAAUAGGCGUUGUAAGGAAGCAACUGGUAAUUAUGAUGAAGAUUUUGGUGGUUUAUAUACAUAUUUUUUUGGUGAUAUAAAACAAUUGCCGCCAGUAAAGGAUCGACCAAUUUACAGUUAUAAUCAAAAGUGUGCAUUAUCCCAAUGUGGUUACAAUGCAAUGAGAAAUAUUCAAUCAUGUAUUGUAUUGAAUAAAAUUCAUCGGCAAACUGACAAUCAAUUUUUGAAUAUACUGACUAAUAUUAGUGAAGGUGGUGUGACGAAGGAAGAUUUUGAAGUUUUGAAGACCAGAAUGAAGGGAGUUACAUUUGAGGAUGAUGCUUUCAAAGAUGCACUGCAUUUAUUUGCAACCAAAGAAGAGGUGCGAAAUUUCAAUAUAUCGAAAUUAGGUCAAUUGAAGGAUUCAAACAAUCAUGUAGUUCCAGUUUUGAAAGUUGAAGCCAGAACAAAUUGUGUUAAAGCUAAAAAAGCUACAACUGAUGAAGCUCAAGGACUUGAACAGAAUUUAUAUUUAGCUAAGGGUUGCAAUAUUAUGUUAAGAACAAAUCUGUGGUUGGCUAAAGGUUUAGUGAAUGGUGCUAUGGGUAAAAUUGUUGAUAUAUUGUAUAAUGUGAACACUGAAGUUUCCAUUAAUCAUCCCACAGUUUUAUUGUGUGAAUUUGAUACAUAUACUGGCCCAUCAAUAAUACCAGGUUCAAAUAUAGUGCCGGUGCCUACCAUGUUCAGCAGUUGGACUAAUCAACAUAAUGAAUCACUUUCGCGCAUUCAAUUUCCAAUUGCAUUGAGCUAUGCAUGUUCUAUUCACAAAUCACAAGGACUCACUUUGCCAAAGGCCGUUGUCCACAUUGGUGAGAAAGAAUUUGCUCUUGGAUUGACCUAUGUUGCCAUGUCAAGAGUGAAGUCGCUGAAGAGCAUAUUGUUCUACCCAUUUUCGUUUGCACGAAUUAGUAAAUUAAAUUCAGCCAAUCUCAUGUUGAGAAAUGAUUUUUUGCAAUAUAUUAGCACUAAGUGUGUAUUUUAA